ACGAGUGAUUUCAUGAAGCACCGUGCGAAGGAAGCGUCUGACGUCGCAACUGAAGAAUGGCAUCCACAUACAGAGAUCGUCACACUGAAAACCAUUUCUGUUGUAAAUGCAACUCAUGAAUAUUCGAUUAUUAUGAACUGUGAUGCACUAACCAAAAUAACGCACAAUUCCGAUUAACUAUGUAAUAUCUGAAACGAAUUGUUGAUGUUUGUGAAUUCAUUUCAGAGGAGUCGGUCUCCUUGUGUUACUUCUCUUCGUAUUCGUGUCGAGAAUUCGAUCACGACCAAUUGGUGUCUAUGUCGUGUUUUCAAUUGUAAUUGUGCUGUGGUCUGUUGGAUUCGCUGCUUUUUUGUCACCUGUUGGACUGAAAGCUGGACUCAUAUCUCUGGCCUGUAUACUUGUGGUGGAAAUUCCAAUAGUUGCGUUGGCUAUGCUCAUGCCUCGAUUGAAUCCGUUGGGGGUGAUAGUGUUUGACACGGUUACAUUGACGUUAGCGAUAGUGGUACUCGUCUUGAGCGUUUUCUAUGUGUUCUCCAAGCAAGAUUUAUUGUUCACCUAUGUCAAUACU